AUGGGUGGAAGGUUUACAAAGCAUGAGACUCAGAAUAAACUAGGAUCUGGAGGAUUUGGGGAUGUAUAUAAAGUGGAAUUAAUAGAAGAAUAAUUGCCCAAAAAAAGCAAGUUUCAAAAUGAAUAAUCAUUUGUGAUUGAUGAUAGAGACUUUGCAAUGAAAAUUUCAAAAAAUAAGCUCACUAAAUAAGAAGAAAUAGAUUUGUGUUUAAAGGAAAUAAAUGUCUUGAACUAGUUACGACAUCCUCACAUUCUCUACUUUGUAAAUGCUUUCAUUUAAAAUGAUAAAGUAUAUAUCAUCACUGAUUACGCUUAGAAAAUAUCUCUAAAUGAAUACUAUCUUGGAAAAGAACCUUAGUUUUAAUAAGACUAACAAAUUCCAGAAAUUCUAAUAAUUAAAUAUCUUGUAUAAAGCUUAUUAGCUUUAAAUUAUCUACAUCAUAGACCAUAGCCAAUAAUUCAUAAAGAUAUUAAACCUGAUAAUAUUUUGCUCUUUGAAAAUGAUUAUGUCAAAUUAGCUGACUUUGGAUUAUCAACAGAAGUAUAAAUAGAUAUCGACAGAUAGAUGUCAUUAAUUGAUAUUAAAGACGAUGAUUAUUAGUUAUCAUAAAUUGAUUUUGACAGCGACUUCUCUAAAUAAAGUAUCUUAGGAAGUAUGUCAUCAGGCGGGGGAACUGAAGAAUAUUGGGCUCCAGAGAUAAAAAAACGAUGGCAUGACUAAAGAAGUGAUCUUUAUUCCCUUGGAUUAACUUUUUUCGAGCUCAUGAAUAGAGAUAAUAUAAAACAUAUUUAGAAAUUUAAGUAAAACCAAAACUAAGAUUGGAUUUAAUUCAAAUGGGAAUAUUCAAAUGCAUUGUAAGAUAUAAUAAAAUCUAUGCUACACUAUGAUAGACUUUAGCGACCUUCACCAUCUGAGAUUUUAAGAAAUUAAAUAUUUUCAGAUACAUUCUAAGACUUAAAAUCAAAUUGCCUGGAAAACUUAUUAAAGACCAGAUAAAUACCUGAGAAAGUUUAUUAUAUGAGUCAAGGACAUAUGAACAUCACUUGCUUUUCUCCUCCUAAUUAAGACUUACUCAUAUAUGGUGGAUAUCAUACAAAGCUACACAUCUAUCAAUUCAGUGACCUCUCUGAAAUCAAAGUGUUAACAACUAAUAAAUACUUAACUGCAUGUUUAUAACAUUUAAAUGGCAAAAUUUACUUAGGUUUACAAGGGGUAACAAAGCACAAUAUUUCCAUUUUUGAUUCGACCUCACUUGAGGUUUUCAAGCUUAUUGAUACUUGCUAAGUUAUAUAGAAAGUGAUAGAGAUCAGUGAUCGAUAUCUUUUUUGUUUACUAGACAAAGGAAUCAUAUCUAUAGCAGAUUUAGAUUAAAAUUUGAUAACAACUCAAGUAAACAUAUUUGAGGACAUAGAAAUCACAAAUGAAGGACCGUUUAUCAAUGAUUUAGUUAUGAUUGAUAAAAAGAGAUUUUUAAUAGCCUCAUCUUUAGGAAUGAGACAAGGAGUUUUGUUAAUAGAUGAAAGCAGCAAUGAUAUAGUUGUAACAGUAGAAACAUAAGUUUUACUUCAAGAUUAAAACAUUUAAUGCUUGUAUCCCAUUGAUGAUAAUCUAAUCUUAGUUUGCGAAAAUUAUAAGAAGCCUUUCAUUUUUAACAUUGAAAGUGAAGAAAUUACUUUGGAAGAAAUUCCUAAUCCAUAUUUUAAUGAUGAGGUUUAAUAUUUAGCUUUGCACAAAAUAACAGGAUUUGAUAAAGAAUCAUUCCCUUACUUAUUAAUGUCCACAAGAUAUAAGGUAUUUUUAUUCAAUAUCAAGCAUUUGAAACUAACUAAGUUAUCGGAUUGUGAAUAAACUUUUGGAAUGCAUGCUAUUGCUUAGAAAAAAGAUGCCAAAAGUAAUAAUAAUUUGAUUAUCUAGCUUAUUUAUUAUGAUUAUUCAGAGUAUUAGAAAUGCAAUGUUAUAAAGCAUUUGACGAUUGAUGAAAAUUUCGUCAAAUAUGAUUUUAGUUGA